AUGAAUACAGUUAUUGAAUAAAAUAAAUUAAAGAACUUAGCAUCUUAUAUAAAUGAAGAGGAAAAGAAAUUUUAAAAGCAUUUAGAAAAGACAGAAAAAACAAAUUAAAAAAGAAUUGAUCUUGAAGAAGAAAUUCAUAAAAUUUAAUUAGAAAUCAUAAGUAUAGUAUAGUAAUUCUAUAGUUAGAGUAAAAUCAUUUAAAAGAAAAAGCAGAGAAACUUCAAAAGGAUUAUCCUUCACUAAUAGAAGAUAAACAACAUGAGCUUAUUAAUUUACAAAAAGAUCUAGCAUUAGCUACUGCUGCUAAAAAAGUAAAAUUUUAUAGAAACAUAGGCAGCUUAAUAAGAAUAUGAUAUAUAAAUUAAACAUUUAUAGUAAUAGAUUGCUGAGUUAAAAAGGGAAAAAUAAGAUUUGAAAAGAGAAAAUUUAGGAAAAUAAGAAAAAUAAACAGUAUUGAGAAAUGAUUUAUAAAAAUUUGGAAAAGCAUUACAAAGUAGAGAAAAACCACCAAUUGAAUAUAAAAUUUAUAGUUCUUCUGGAGGUUUUGGAUCACUUUAUUAACCUUAAGAAUAACAAUAGUAUUAAAAUAUGCUUUAUUGA